GUUUUAAAACUUUUUCAUGUGUUUCCUUACAGAUGCAAAAGAAAUUGAAAGCGAUUCAGAUAUUUACCCUGAAGACGAUGACAUUUUGGAAGCCGGCCUUCCCAAGACUGCAUCAACAUUAACUAUGAACCUGAUGGAUGAGGACGUUCYGCAAAACAUGCCUGAUUUUAGGCAAAGCCACAAGAAAAAGGAUGGAUCAAGGGAGAUAAUUAUGCAAAGAGAACAUGAUGACAACCAAUACGUUAUAAAAGUGGGUCCUUUUAAAAACCAAAGGAGCGUAAUCAAAGAUAGAGGGCUAUCUACAAUGUCUCGAUCACAAAGCCUAAGCUGCUUCAGUAAUUGUCACGGUYCAACUUUMGAUUUCYCGAGUGGCUAUGAGCAACCAUUUGUCACUCUACAAGAAUCUUUUCAAGAAAAAAGGCAGCUACCACCGACAGGGAAGGGGYUUUCCUCUUUGUGUGUGGGACCUGRAUUUACACCCUUGACUGGAAUUAACAACUUUGAACAAGGAGGACUCUCGUGUCAAAGCAUCCGGGCUUCGGCUCCAUUUCCCUUCUCAAAACACACAUUGGGAUCUCAGGGAGUCACUCUGUCAUCUGUCGAUGGAAUGCCAUCAUAUCCAUACCACUGUGUGGCACCAAUAGGAGUGAGUGUUUCAGCUCUCCCAACCAGCUCUGCCACGCCGUCACUUUCUGGAAUCCGUCAUCACCGAAACMGUCARCCUUGGUUGAGAUUAAGUCCAUAUCAGAUCCCACCAUCUUUCACUUCUUGCCAAAAUUUCCUAACGACCAUCCUGCCUGGAAGGUCAUCUUCGCAGCCUGAGCUGUCCAAGAGUGAGUGUUUCAGCUCUCCCAACCAGCUCUGCCACGCCGUCACUUUCUGGAAUCCGUCAUCACCGAAACMGUCARCCUUGGUUGAGAUUAAGUCCAUAUCAGAUCCCACCAUCUUUCACUUCUUGCCAAAAUUUCCUAACGACCAUCCUGCCUGGAAGGUCAUCUUCGCAGCCUGA